AUGGAUCCCACAAAAUUAGCCAAACUUCAGGCGCAGUCUGCAGCCAACAGGAUCGGUGGUAAAGGGACCAUGCGUCGGAAAAUUGUUCGGAAGACCAAGCCCUCUGCCGCACAGGAUGACAAAAAACUCCAAGGCGCUCUCAAGAAAUUGAAUGUGCAACCUAUUCCUGGUGUAGAGGAGGUUAAUAUGUUCAGGGAAGAUGGAAACGUGCUGCAUUUCACUGCCCCAAAAGGUUUUUUCUCCUUGUCUGUAGUACAUGCCGCGGUCUCCGCCAACACGUUUGCGAUCUAUGGAACUGGUCACGUCAAGGAGUUGACUGAGCUCGUCCCUGGCAUCUUGAACCAACUUGGCCCUGAUUCGCUGGCAUCGCUGCGUAAACUUGCGGAAUCAUACCAGGCCAUCCAGCAAGGGCAACAGAGGCCACCUACCGGAGCUGCUGAGGAUGAUGAUGAUGACGUGCCCGAUCUCGUCGAGAACUUUGAUGUUGAGGGCGAACAGGCCGCAGCUGAAGAGAAGAAAGACACCCUUGAGGAUGUGAACUGA